CUCAAUUGGCCAUACGCGCUCAGGAGGCACAGCGGUUCAUUGUAUUUUCAUACUUUGUCCCUGCUGAGUGCCCAGUUGCCACAGAGGCCACUGCAGAUGUACGUACUGGUAAAAGAGAGGACUUAUCGACAGAUACACAUCUUUCCUCAAUGCUGCAUCGAUACCUGCCACACUUCUUUAACGAUGACUCCAUGCCACCACAGCAGACAUUAGAGGGAACCACUGAGGUCUCAGUUGCUCCAGUGGCAAAAUCUAAUAUCAAGGAAGAGGACAGAUUCUAUCCUUUCUCCCUCCCACCACUGGCUCAGCGGUUCAUUGGCAAAUCAUUCAAUGUCCCGGAAACCUCCCAGCCUGCUGUUUUAGCCACAGAGUACCGAGUUGCCAAAGAGGCUACUGCAGGCACGGCCACUGUCAAGAGAGAGAACCGAUGGGCAGCUAGAAGUCUUCUUUCAGUGCUGACUCCAUGCCUGCCAUCAGUCUUUGACGGUGACUUCAUGCCACCAGAGCAGACAGUAGAGGAUGCCUAUGAGGUCUCAGGUGCUACAGAGAACACUUCAGGUACAGCUACUGUUGAUGGAGUGGGCAGAUCAGCAGCUAAACGCCCUGUCCCAAUGCUGCCUCCAAGUCUGUCACGUGUCUUUGACAUUGACUACAAACUGCCGGGGUCGGCAGUAGAGGGAACCAACAAGUGUCCAGUUGCUAGUGGAACAACCAAUGAUGUGUCCACUCACCUAAAGGAGGACAUGGCAGCUGAUCAAAGCCCUCAAGACCCUGGAGCACUGCCUCCAAGCUCGCCAUGUAUCCGUGACUCUGACCACAAACUGACCAAGGAGAAAAAAGAGGACGCCAAUGAGUCCUCCCUUGCCACAGAGAUCACUGUAGGCACAUCCAUUGUCCAGGGAGAGGACCUGUUGGGUGAUAAAAGCCCUGCUCCAAGGCUGCCUCCAAGCUUGUCACACAUUUUGGACAAUGACCAUAAGCAGCCAGAGGAGACGAUAGUUGCGAGGGAAGCAGCUGUUUCCGUGUCCACUGUCCUCCAAGAGGAGUUUUUGGCUUGUAAAAGUCCUCCUGCACCCGCAGCACUGCCUCUAAGGCUGCCCUGUACCCACUGCAUUGACCACAAACAGCAAGAGGAGACAGUUGAGGACAACACAGAGCGCUUAGUUGACACAGAGGAAAGUGCAGUUUCAUCCACUGUCAAGAGAGAGGAACUGAUAGGUGAUAAAAACGCAGUCCUAGCACUUCAUCCAAGCCUGGCAUGCAUCCAUGACAAAGACCACAAUGAUCCAAAUCAGAAAGGGAGGGGCACUACUAAGGAGGUGUAUCUCUGCACUCACGCUCACCAGCUGGACCCAGAUGCUAACUUAACUCUGUCAACCCACAAUGAUGAACCCAGGACCUGGACCUUGGAAGAGACAAAGGAUUAUAGGAUAGGCAUUGACAUUGAGAGUGAAGAGAGGAGCGUCCAGGAGGAGGUGAGACCGAGGGAGGGGUUGAAGUGUGAUGCGGACUGUGCCCAUUCCAAGAGCUCCAAUGGGAUGGUUUCAUCAGAGAGAGCAGAGACCAUCCUGGGAAGAGUGGGCUUUCUGGUCAGGAACCACAUGCAGAAAAUCCCAUUUUGAAGAUGGAGGAAAAAGAGGAAAAUAAGAAACUGAAUAAGAAGUUGAAAGAUGACGAGAAAGAGAGAAAGGAGAUGAAAAACAAGGAGGAGGAGCAAAAAAAGAGGGAGAAGAAAGAGAUGA